CUCGUUUAAACUAACAAAGGAACUGCGGAUCAGCUGUUGACCGACAGUUUGCCCGUAUAUCUUAUAUCCUAUUUCAUUAGUAGGGCUCACCGUAGUCCACCAUAGGUUGAAGUUAUGCUGGAGCAAAACGGUGAUAUUCUAUAUGGCCAGUUCAAUGGCGUUGCUGCAAUUAAAAACGACCUCAUUAUUGCUAGAUCAAGGAGUCUUUCAGUUCGUGAUGAGGAAAUGCUACGCCUUAUAGGCCAGUAUCUUUGUGACAAGGGAUUUAAUGGCACAUAUACACAGCUUUCCAGAGAGUCUGGGAUCACCUUGGAACACAAUGAUGCAACAGAGUUGCGUCAUGCUAUUUUGGAAGGUAGAUGGCUUGAUGCUGAAGCCGCAAUAGACAAGUUAGCACCCAUGAUAGGGGAUCUAAAUAGUGUUGAAGAAGUCCGAUUUUUGAUAUUAGAACAACAGUUUCUGGAAAAUUUGGAAGCCAAUGAAGUAAUGCCUGCCGUUACUCUUCUACGUAAUCGUAUUACACCUAUGCAACGUAAUACAGAGCGAGUACAUACUUUGGCCAGGUAAUGGGGAUAUUGUUUUACAUAUUAAAAAUUUAGUUUCUCGCAAAAUAUUUAGCAACUUUUCAAAUGCUUGUUCAUGUGUUUUAGUUGGCAUUGCUAUUGAACUGAGCCAUAUGGGCAGGUGCAGACUACCUGGUUGUGGUUCGGGUGAUUAUCAUCACCAUUAGUUGGAAACUUUGGAUGGCAUGGCUUAAGAUUGUUCACAAUGAUCCAAGUGCAUCCUUUCUUUGUCUUCCCUUAGAUCCUGAAAUGGUAUCUACGAUGCCCAAAUAUUGACACACCAUCGUCGGAAGAUAUCAGUAGGACUUUAACGUCUCUUCUAGGGUUCAUAUUUGAAAAUCCAUCAUGCUUCCGUAAGAGCACAUCCUUCGCCUUACUAGGCAGAAAAAUCAUAUUUGGGUUAUAUUGAAAAGAAUAAAUAGUGUAGCACUUACUAAAUUUGUAGAGAAACUUGCAUCAUGAAGUAUCUUGCCAUCUUUUCUAGUUUGUCGUAAAAACCUUAGUAACAACUUUUAGCUAAAAACCAGAAGAGGUUAGAUUUUGAUAGCUUCAGAAUACUUGCAAACUCAUCCCAGUAAGCCUUGAUAAUGUUGGGUAGUAAAAGCGAAAGCAAUACAAAGAACCAAGAAUAGUUAUUUUAUUUCGGUCUAAAAUGUAAACAUUAGGUGAAACCGUUAAGAUGGAUCAAUAAUUCAUUCCGAAACCAACCAACUGAAGUGCUCAUGAGAACACAUUAAAGAGUAGUUUAUCUGAACAUUAACCACAUUUUACUUCCCUAUUAUUCACAAAUAACCUAAUCUAAAGGUUGAGAUCAGAUUGUAGCUUUGGUGCAUAAAUUAUAGUAAUAUUUAAGAUUGAAGAUCUAGAGUUAUUAUUCAAAUUGACUGGGAUAUUCACUGAAAUUCGGGAACUUCAAGUGAUUCUACUCAAUUUAUUCCGAUCGCUGUUUGUAAGCAAAACGUAGACAUGCUAUUCUGGUUAGCGUAGACGUGAUGAAGAAUAAGAUCCAUCAGGAUAUGAAGUCAAUAGUUAUUUAGCUGUGAGGGGAGGUGAAUAUAUUCCACUUGAUACCCUUAACAUAACGUUGAUCGAUUAAUAAAGGAAAGAGGUCAAAAGCCAUUCACAAUAGUAGGUCAUAUACAUUCGUUCCCUGUAUCUUAAAAGUUGUCAGUACAAUAUUUCCCCAUAUUUUUGACAAUUUCGCAGGAUCGAUUUUUAAGAAAAUCUUACUUCCUUUUUAACCAUUCUCUGCUACUAGAGAUUAUCCUCUUGUUGAUUUCCUCGUUUUGUUAACAGAAAGUGACAAAUCGGACCGAUACAUAUUUUUAAUAUAGAUUCUGCUUUGUUUUUCCCUGUCUGUUGACUAUUUUUUCCCUUGACUUAUCAAAUGCUAGUUUUAAUAUCUAUGUGCUUACUGCUUGUAUAACUGCGUUAGUCAAUAAGCGUAUCCACAUUUGAUAUGUUUGUUUUGUACUGGAAACAUGUCUACAUAUUAAUUUUCUGUCUUAUAAAAUGUAGCUAAAUGUUUUUUUUUUCAAGAUUUAUGUCUGUCAUCCUAAUAAUUAUGUCAAACUAUAAAUAUCUGCGUUUCUGAAAAGUAUUCCUAACCUUUCGUUUUGUUUAAUGAGAUUAUUGUGUAUAUAUGAGGCUUCUAAGAAUAAUCAUAGGUUUUUUUUGAAGAGGAAAUGUCUUCUGUAACUCGUCAUUGUAUUGAAUUGAUUUCGUAUAAAGGCUACUAUACAUCCAUGAAGUUCCCCGAAUAUCCAAUGACAUUCUAAAGUAGUCCAGAACAAGCAAUAAUGAUCAAUGGUGAAAGCAAAUAGCACAUCUACAGCUAAAGAACCUGAGUACCUAAUUAAACGCAAUUCAUAUAUUGAAAUAAAGCGACGUAAGUCAACUUCAAAUAAAAAUGAGAAAUAACAUUAAAAGUGGUCAAAUACAUAUAAGCAUAGUAAGUAAGGUUGGAUAGAUGAUACUAAACACAGGGAACUUUAAAAGUAAAAUGAAGAAUUAAGUCAGUCAGUAACAACGUACGUGCCCCCAAAUGCCCUGGUACAGCCGAGAGUGGGGAGAGUCCUCUCUCCUCGCAAUGCUCUCACACGACCACACGUAUACAGCCAUUGCCAGGGAAGUCCUACUCUCUGUCUUCUCGUGGCAUUACUGUUGUUUACCAAGUUGGAAGGACGAGAAGCGAAUGUCCGGCGCUUUAACCGGGUUGGUGGACAUGGAGAGUUCACUUAGGGGAGUUUGAAAACCCUGAUUCCGAACCAAUGAUACACAUGGGCUAUAGGAUCCUGAUGGAACAAAUGGCGUAUGAACCAACUAUUGAUCACCGGCUACCAUGGGACUGCAUCAUCUGACGUUUCUCCACUGCCUUGUAGAUCAGACCUUCAGGUCGAAGGCUCUAAGAACACCACCUGCUUCGAUUUGGGCACCCGGUCAGUAUCACAGCCCUCACACAUAUCAAACAAAAUCUGUGUGGCGCAUAUGUAUUUGGUGCCUCCUUGUACCAAUAUCUAUGUGCUAAAAUAAUAAUAAAUAAAUAAUCGUACGUACGUACAUCAGUUCGAGUUGUUACACCACAUUAGCACGGAGAUGCGGUUGUCUAUUCAAAUCCCGUAGUGGUAGAGGUAGCAAGAGUAUAAGCAGUAAUCGGAAAGAUUAGGGUUUGAAGAUAUUAUUCAAGGAGUAUAAUCGAGUGAAAUAAAUUUGGAAAGAGGAAAAAAGGGACAUGAAGAAUUCAGAAGAUUAGAAUUUGGGAGAACACAAAGAGUGUAUGCACCUAUGCCAUUGCAAACGAUUUUGAGCCAUGUCAUUCAGGGUCUCUAACCAUCGGUUGCUAUCAUCUCGCGGUCCCCAACCAGGUAGUCUACACCUACCAACAUGACUCAGUUCACUUGUCAGUGACUUCAUGGACUUGUGCCAUGUUUUGGUCUGGCCGCCCCUAGCUUUCUUCCAACCUACUCCAUCAGAAAGCAUCGCACAUCGGGGCAGUCAGUGGUUGGGCAUACGUAACACGUGUCUCAGCCAUCUCAAAUGAUCAAGUUUCACUACUUCAUCAAUUGAUUUGCCAUCCUUACCUAGUACCCGUUUCCUAACAACUGCGUUACUUACUCGAUGGUCCCAGGAUAUACGAGUAAUGUUUCGAAGACAUCUAUGGUCGAAUACUAGUAACUUACGAAUAUCCUCUGCUCUUACUAGCCAUGUUUCACUGCCAUAAAGUAUGACGGAACGAACUGCUGCUCAGUAAACACGUCCUUUGGUUGGUAGACGGAUAUCUCGCCUACUCCAUAAAUGACGCAAGUUGGCAAAAGCUGGUCGAGCCUUCUGUAUCCGUGCUGAGAUUUCGUCACACACCAAACCACAAGGGCUGAUGAGACUUCCAAGAUAAGUGAAGCGGUCGACACGCUCAACUACUUCACUCCCUAUCAUUAGUUCGAGUGUCGAUGCAACCCAAUCCUAAAGCAACAUUUUGCAUUUCGAGGGGGAGAAUCGCAUGCCGAACAUGCUUGCAUUGUUGCUUAGAGUGGUCAUAAGACUGCAUUUUGUCAGGUAGAAGUUCAACCCUUGGAAAUUCAGAUGAGGAAAGUGUUAUCUCUGAAAGCAUGUCUACGAUAAAGUUAAACAAGAAUGGAGAGAGCGGACAACCCUGACGAACACCACUUGAGGUAAUCAAUUCUGAUGACAUUUUGCCAUAAGCACUCGACCAGUUGUGUUCGAGUAGAGAGCCUUUACAAGGUUAAUGUACUUCUUUGGUACUCCUUUCAGUGACAAACACUGCCAUAGAACCUCACGAUCAACAGAGUCGAAUGCCGCCUUAUGGUCGAGAAAUACUACCAUUGUGGGGCGUCUGAAUGUGUUCCUAUGUCCUAGGACCUGACGUAGUGUGAAUAUAUGGUCUAUACAACCACGUCCAGGCCGAAAACCAGCUUGGUUUUCACUAGUCUGCUCUUCACAAGUUUUAGUUAGGCGUCGAAUAAUUAUGGAAGCUGAUAUUUUAGACACUAUAUUAGUCAAACUAAUUCCUUUGUGAUUGUCACAAGAGGACUUUUGUCCUUUCUUAUAGACUGGCACAAUCAGUGAUUGAGACCAGUCAGAUGGGAUUACGUCCAGUUCCCAAAUUCUACCUAAGACCUCAGUCAGUCUCACUGCUAAUACUGGACCACCAUCCUUAAAAAUCUCAGGAGUAAACCUGUCAGGGCCUGCUGCUCUCCCUCGGAGGACUUACAUUAACUUGCUAUUCAGGUCGACUGGAGAUCGUGCGAAACCGAAGUGUGGCUGAAGGCCAGUUGGACUGAUCCCUGAAGUGUUCUGCCCAUCGAUCCAAUCUCCUGGAUUGAGAAUGUAUAAUAUGUCCAUCUUUCUCUGAGAGUGUCUCGCUAACAGUCGGUUUCCUAAUACCGAUUUCCUUAAUAAGUCUGAACAAUUGUCUGCUAUUACCUAUUGCCGCUGCCUUUUCCAUCUCUCUUUUUUUCGCUACCCACUACUGUUCACGAUCAUUGCGUAGGCUUAUCAGCUUGCGCUUAAGCUGACUCUGCUCUUCCUUAUGUUCAGAGCCAGAUGGAAUGAGUUUUUGAGCAUCUAUCAGUGCGGUAGAUGCUGCUGAGAUCCAGUGUUUCUCCCUGACCUUGUGGUUUACCGUACUAGCAGAUAUCAUUGCCGUUUCCACAUCUUUUCGGAUAUCAUUCCAUGCUGCCUCUGGGUGGACAUCACAUACAUGGCUGCCUAACUGUUUUCCUAGUUGUUCCUGAAAUAUACUCUUAGCUUGACUAUCAUUAAGUAGGGCCCUAAGGCGUUUCCUUGCAGCAUCUUUCCUACGUCCAGUAAGACGCAGACAAAUACGCGCUCACACAAGAGCAUGUGCUCCAGAAUGAGCGACAGUCUUCUAUUGAGCCCCUCCAUCGGUGGCUGAUAGCGAUGUGAUCUAUUUGGGUCCAACGUUGGGACGAAUUAGGGGGUUACCGUGUUAAAAGAUGUUUUUACUUAUGCUUAAAGUUAGUAUUUGCAAGAAACAGGCGGUUAUCUGAGCAUAGCUGCAACAGACGGCCGCCAUUAUCUGUUCUUUGAGCCACGACACUAUAAGAUCCACCCAGAUGUCUUUCCCUUUCGCCUAGUUUACCUACUUGAGUAUUAAAGUCACCAGCCACUAUUACUACAUCAGAGCGCCUAGCUUUUUGGAGAAGGUCGGAACGCUUUUUGUAAAACUCAUCUUUUAAAUCAUGUGAGCUUCAGUCAGUGAGAGAAUGGGCAGAGACGACGAAGAGUGUCUCUAUCUUUCCGAGUCUUUACUGUUCCGUUCAGUCGGACAGCGCACAAACGAUUGUCUACUGGGAUCCAGUCUAAGAGAGCUAGUUCUGCCCUAGGACUCGAGUCGUUUUCCCUAGUGGUGAGAGGUGAUAAACGGACGUGAGAAGGGUUAGUCAUGAAGAUAAGAGAGUUAUUAGUAGGUGUAGGAAGGAUUUGAAUGUGACCAACUUGAUCUUGUGUGGUGUUACGGGUAUGAGGGCUGAUGUCACUUCCCGGCUGCCCACACGGUGGAAGGGUAUUUCUUGAGGAACCUGAAAAGGAAAUUGGACUAAUGUCGGUCUUAAAGACCUAGGAGCGUGACCACAGAGCCCAAGGGACAACUGCUUGAGGCCGGUCGCGCACGGCCUUUUCGUGGAAGGUUUUUAAUGUGUUAGCUCCGUUCUUCAAAGGGCCUUACCGCCGGAGACGGAAAUCCGUGAGGUAAGGUGAGGUGUGACAUUUUUAAGGUCGACCUUUUCUAACCCCACCCCUCCUUGUGGGAAGGCAGCAUCGUUGUCAUGCUGGUUGUCCAAGGGAAACACCUCACUGCUGUCACAUACCUCUACAGUCAGCGGUAAGACUUCGCCCUCAGAACUUGAGUUGCUGCUUUUAGUCUCCAAUCGACCUGCCUGGCAUGGUAGAACCUACAGGAACAUGUUUUCCAGACAAUGUAGCUCGGUUGGGUCAUCACGAUAGGCAAGCCGACCACCGCGUCAAGACAGCAGCAGAAUUAAACAUAAACUAAGCCAAAAUCGCGAUAAGUUCUGACAUGUUUUCUUUACGCUUAUUCACUUUCUCAUAGACAUGGUGCUUCUUGUUGCUGAUGACACUCAGAUAAACUUAAACACUUCAUGGAAUUUUUUAGUUCUAUCGCGUAGGUCAAGCUGCUUGUCAUUAAUUACCUAUAAAAUACUUAUUUUUUUCAGUUAACUGUAGUAUCUUGCACUAAGCAAUGUUAUCUAACCCUUUAAACCACUUAGUUUUGUAUCAGUUCAAUCUGUGUCACUCACUAGACGUCUCAGUUAUUCGGUCGGCCUGUAAAGUAUAAGUUGUAAUCUCCUAAUCUCAGACCUAUAACAAUCAGCUAUAUUCCUUAACUGUUUUAUAUCUUUAACUUAUUUAGUUUUUUUCGACGAUUUUCUUCAAAUUUUAGUUGUUUGAUGUGUAGAACUGCUGUUGAACUCCAAGCACAAGCAGGUGGUUGGGCUGGAGUAGAUGCUGGGAGUCGUUUACAACUUAUCAAUCGAAUACAAGCCUUUAUACCAGCACAGACAAUGUUACCACCUGGGAGACUAGAAGAGUUGAUCAAUGAAUCUGUUCGUGCACAGUUGGCUUCAUGCAUAUUUCAUAAUCCUCCGAUGGGUGUCCAAACUGAUAUACAUAAUAUAUCAUUACUACAGCGUCAUUCGUGUGGCAUGUAAUUAUUUAUACAAACCGUUUGUUUUAUUGCAUAACAACGUUAUCGCCCGAUACUUAGCUAUGAAUGGUAUCAGAAAUACAGUGAUUGACUUUUUGAACAAUGUCUAGUGGUUGAAAACCCCUGACUGAUCCAGUAAAGUGACGUGAAACGGGUUAAUUCACGGCUUUUGUUCCCAGACACUAAAGUAGUGUAGCCCACCGUCUGAUUUAUUAGACUAGAGAUAGUUCGUUAUGUUAUAUUUACUUUGACUGUCUACCGCAUUCACUAAUUUUUAUUUAAUGACUUCAAAAUAAGCAAACCAUAUUCUUAUUAAACAUCGUAAUUCAGUAGUGUUUUUGGUACGUUUUCAGCAUAAUUUUUCUCCAAUUUUCUAAAACGUUCCAUUUCUUCCAUCAUAUCUAUCAAUAAAUCAGUAAUCAUGUACACAGUCGUAAAACCAAAUAUCAACUGAAUUUAUUACAUAAAGUUUAAUGACACUACCUAACUAUUCAAAGUGGAGUCCGUCACAUAUUAGGUAGAAUUCGACGCCCCUAAUCAGUGUGCAAUAUCUGUAUUAAUUCUUCAUAACAUAUAAGGACAUUUAUUAACUUAAACUAUUGCCAUAAAAUGACACAUUUUAUCAUUAUGUAAUUGCCUUCAGUAAUUACUUUUUAUAAAAGCUCACAUUUAAUAACUUAAUCAAGGGAAAACAGUUCUAUCUAUAAUUUAAUCCAUACUAUCUUGUUCUCGGUUGUGCAAUGACUCAGUAACCGAACCUCGAAUAGAAUAUUCAUACUCCUCCUCACCUACUGUGGUUUGAUUAGCCGGAUGAUUUCAGUUGCCUUUGUCUAGUAGUAGCCUAUUGAUAAAAACACUACCACCAAUCAUUUGAUCGUAUGUUCAGACUCUGUUGCACCUAAUUGAGCUUUGUCAGCUAGCUCUUACAGCUUAUAUUCUACAGAAGGCCAAGUACAUAAAGCUAUACCUGGUUAAUGAAUUAUAUUAAGUUACUAACACCUCACUUGCUCUAACAGAAGACUCUGCCAACAAAUUACAGAGUCCUAUAACUAUCUUAAGCAACAUACAAUCGUGUUUGAGAUGAGAUUCUCUCCUUCAAAUUCAAAAUUUCAAUUCAGUGUUGGCCUGCAUCAGAGCCCAGACUAAUGAUACUGAGUGAAGUAGUCGAGUGCAGCAACCGUUUCACCUAUUUCGGAAAUUUCACCAGUCAUGAUGGGCUGGUGGUUAACGAAAUUUCAACACGAACUUAGUACACUAAAUUGACCAUCAACAACUUGCGUCACUCGUGGAGUAGGUGAGAUAUCCAUAUGUCAAACAAAAGAUGGAUUUGCUACUCAGCAAUUCGCCCUGUUCCGCUUUACAGAUGUGGAACAUGGCCAUCAAUAAUAGAGGACAUUCGUGGGUACUAGUAUUUGGCCAUAGGUAUAUUCGAGGCAUCGCUCGUCUAUUUCGGGACUACUAUCUUGGGAUUCAUCUUAAAAUAAUUUUAUCUCGCUGUGCUAAUGAAUUAUGAGAACUUGAACAGAUGCACGUGUCGGGUUUUAUGUUACGUAUGACUGGUUGACAAUGACAUAUUUGGUAGGCCUUGAAGAGGAACGAAGUGGAUAAUAGAAACAUCUAAUUGACGCAUAUCCUUGAUUCUAACGCUAGCCAACGAUCAAAUAUGCUACUAGUGUUAGGUUGUUACAGUUUGGCAGUAAGACUUCUGGAUAUCUUUCAGUAGGAAAUUCAUAGUUGGUUACCUUAAUAAAGUUUUUCAGUGUUGCCUUUUAUUCGAAAGUUCCAGCCAAAAUCAUUAUAUCAUGAGCCCUAACAGCUCAUUGUAAUAUAAUCCUAUUUUUCACUCUUAAUCUCAAUUUAGGCAAGAUUUCCCAGCAUUUUGUAUCCAAACUUUGGACCAUCAAAGAGAUUCUGAUCUAUGGUUUUGUCAGUUUUCUCCAGACGGUAGCUAUUUAGCAACUGGUGGCAAAGAUGCAAAUGUUGACGUUUGGCGUGUAGACUCUGUACGACACGCUGUCUCAUUUUUCCGAGUAUUAACUACACCUGCAUAUAUUGGCUGUCUGUGUUGGUCACCUGAUUCUAAAAAAUUGGCAGCCUGUUGUGGAGAAGAACAAAGUUCCGUUCUAGUAUUCGAUGUAUUCAGUGGUCAACAAUUAUGCAGCCAGAAGGUAAACGAUGAAGAUGUCUAUUCAACCGCCUCAUUUUUCUCUGAUAGUCGUAAACUAGCUUUUGGUGGUUUGAAAGGGAGCUUCUAUGUAAUGGAUACGGAAGAUCAGGGUCGUGUACUUGCCGUGGUUGAAGGUUAUCGUGUACAAAGUAUGGCGGCUAUAUUCCCACCGAUACCAAGUAUGCUUUUGCCUAAUGGCACAGAAUCUGUCCAAGUUAACCCCCCACCAGAUAGAUCUACUCCAGGUGCACCAGAUUCGCCAGCAAAUGGAUUACUUCAAAAUGGUUCGACAAACGAUGCAGUGAAUAAUCGUUCAGAAAAUCAAAUUGACCAAUUGUUAGUUGCAGAUAGCCUACAUAGAAUUCGAUUAUUUAGAUUUGGUUUAGUUUGUUCAAAUACGUCAUCUAAUAAUACAAAUACUACAGCGGAUACUGCUGACAUACCACUAAGUACAGUCACCACACCACAUGAAACUAGUACCACAUCUAUAUCGACUGUAACCAUUUCGACUCUGUCUGCUUCAUCUUUUGCUCAUGCACCUGGUGAGGAGAUUACAACCAGUACAACUAUCGCAACAACAACAACUACUACUAGCAGUAGUAGUAUCAGUACUACUACUGCAUCAGCAUUAGCUGCCUAUUUAUGUUCAAGUGGGAGUGCACCAGGUGCUCCAACUUCAGUUAAUAUUUCUACAUCAGCUAGCACUGGUACAACUAAUCCGGGUAAUGUUAGAAGUAGUGAUAGUAGUGAUAAUAACAAUAAUAGUGUAAUUGCCACAAGUACUACAGGAGAAAAUCCUGGUGUAGCGACAGCAUUAGCUGUUGCACGAUUAGCACAACAACAACAACAACGUUUAUUACAAUCGUCGAAUCCUAUGACAACAACAAAUCCGGCAUCAACAUUAACUGGUAAUUUAUCUUCAUGGUAUCAACAAUCUGGUGCAUAUCAAGGAUCAACAAGUCUGGCGUAUACAUCAAGCUCUUCUACAUUACCACCGGGUAUUUUGUUGGAUAUGCCUAUACUGCCUGUCAGUUUAACUCGUCUUGGACCACCCACAACUCAGGGUUUGCAAGCUCAAUUAGGUCUUCAGCCUAUAUUGCAUCCAGCUGGUUCUUUGCAUGGUUCAAAUCCAUACACAGUUGUAUCAUCAUCUGGUGCAAAUAGUCUAGGCACUACUGGUAGUAGUCUAACUAUUUUAUUCGGUGCUCCUUUGGAUAGAACUUCAGCUUCUUAUGCAACUACUCCAGUUGGUACUUCUAGUUCAGUAACAACCAAUCCGACAGGUGUACGAGCUUUAGCUGCUGCAGCUGCCGCGUUAGCCAGUGUAAACAGUCGUCAAGUUCAUUCUGUCUCCAGUGGUACAACAAUGUUAACAGUGUCUACAUCACCUGAUAAUAGUGGAGUAGCUACAGGUCGUUCAUCUGUUUCCGUAACAAAUAUUGGCUCCACUGUGAGUACAUCUACUUCUACUAUUGGUACUACUACUGGAUCUCCAAUUAAUCCGACUACAGUUUCAGCAUCUCUACCAGCGACUGGAUUUUCUACAUCAACAACCAGUACAACUACAAAUGCUCAUGCUAGUAGCCUGUCUACAAAUGGCAGUAAUUAUGGCUUAAUAGAUCAUAGAACUCUUUUUAAAGAAACUCAUCCUGUUCAAUCAAUUAUGAUUUCACGCUCAGGAACUAUGGCACUUCUUACUAUACAUAAAAUGGUAAGUUCAAUCAGUCAGUAAUUUAUAUUUUCUUGUUUAUAAAAGGAACUAAAAUUAACUGUUAUUUUAAUCAUAAAUUAGUUUAGUAGAAACUGUGGGGGAAAAAUGAAGUGAUAUAAAGAAAUUUUAAUAUUUCCAGUUAACAUGUGAAUAGUUAUGUGAUUACACUAAUAUAGAGUACACAACUAAUUUUUUUGGAUUUUUGUCUAAAAUUCCUUAAAUGAUCAAUAUUUAUACUGCAACUUCAUCUUUCUCAAUAAGAAUAUAUGAUUGUUAUAAAUUGUUAAGAGUAAUCAAUCAGAUAUAUCUGAUAGAAAGAGGCAUUAGGUGUUGAGUUAUGCAAUUUUUGUAUCCAUUCACAAAACAAAACGUUGUUUUAUAGCGUGACCGUUUCAUUUUAUCUAUUUCAUUGGGUUAAAUUGUUCAAAUUUCAGUUAAUAAGUUCCAGAUUUGAACCUCACUUCACCUACAAUGAUAUAAUCUCUCUUUUCAUAAUCAAUUCCAUAAAUAGUCACUUCAGUCAGUUAUUUAUAACUUGGGGUAUAGGACAAGUAACAUGUACUAGUCCAAAUCGUCCACACACACACACGCUUCACAUCGCAGUACAUCAAAAAGAAACUGACCAGAUUGAAGGUUAAAUUUAUAUUAACCUAGUUGAUAAUUCAUGAAAUUUUACAAUCCACCAUUAAUUAGAUGCUACCUUAUCUCUUGAUAAAAUGUAAGUCUACUUUUUUAGAAUCGAAUAUUGAACACUAUUUGAAAAUGUUCGUCAGCUAACUAACCAAGGAAUAUCACGAUAGUGAUUCUCAUUAUUAUUUACUCUACACUCUUUAUCACUAUUAUUAUCAUAAAGUAACUUAUAUCAAUAUUUUAAUGGCUUUUCUUUCACUUAUCUCCAAUGUGAAUGAUUUUCUUUUCCUUCUAUGAAAGUAUGAAUCAAUUAUGGUCCCGCAUGAUAAAGUUUAUCAUAAACAAAUUAUUUUUCGAUUACUCUUCUCUCUUUUAUUGAUUAUUGGUAUAUAACUAAAUUUUCCUUUAGUAUGUCCACCAUAUUUUCAUGAAUUAUAUUUCCUCGAUUAAUUACAUUACGCGCCAGUAGACAUUUGACCAAGAAAAUAUAAUUCCUGAAAACGUGAGCCAUUUAUUGAUUGUUAGCUAGGAUCAGGUAAUAACUACUUGUUCAACAAACUGUGGAAUGAUCAUAGACCAGAUAGGUGUUCUAAAAGGAGCAACAAUCUUGUACGUAUUCAUGUCAGCCGUAGCUGGUUGCAAUACGACCAGUCCAAACCCGGGUUUGUGUUGCAAAAGGGAGACUCUCAAUAGCACAUUGGCGUUGACUGUGGCUCUGGAAAGAAACAGUUUAUUUUCUAUUAGAUCUUAAGUUUAUAAAUUCUUCAUAAUCUUUUGAUUUCACCAAAUUAUAUUUUCUGCUCGAAUUGUAUCUUCGACGCCGAACCUCUUAUUACCGCUAAUCCUCUUACUACUUCUACUACUCUGAGGUUUCUCCAAACAAUUUCAUCUCUCUGUGCCAAUGAGGUGUGGUAACUUAAACUGUACGCAUGUACCAGAUCCUACGUUGUGUUUGACCGACAAAGCCGUACGUUAAAGUCACCGUUUUCUGGUCUGUAGCCAUCACGUCCUAAUUAGCUAUCCAACCGUUUCUCGUCUAUAUCUAGACACCUGAAUUUAUCAUUCAAAUCUCUCGAGCUAACAGCAUAAUAUUUGUCGAAUGCGUUUUCGUAAGUUAUUGGUUUGAUUAUUUGUAGAACUCAUCUUUGUUUCAUCGGUGUGUAUGCGGAGACUGAAAAGGUUUUUGCAAGGGCAGCUAAACCUAUCAGCUCUCCGACAUGCAUCAAAGUACAAACAUCGAGUGAAGUAGGUAUAAAUGACAUGCGUAAAAUUAGGGGAACUAUCAGAUCCCUUAAUCAAUGACAGCAUUCAUAAAACCGAUAGUCCAGCAAUUUAAGACCGUUUAGAUGGGUUAGAACUCCGAAUAAAGUUGAGCUGUAAAUAGAAUGAAAAUAAAAAAGAAUAGAAAGUUGAAGCAAUACAAACUAAAUUAGCAUGUAAUAAAAUGAUUACGAAUGUCGUUUUAAAGAGUAGAGUGGCGGAGCGAUAGAACAUUUUCUUCAUAAUUAUUCAUUACCAUAUUUUUGUGUGGGCGUUGAUACUACCCCGACUCCAAGACCGAACCAGAUGAUUUUUAAGGGAUCGACCACUCAUUGAGCCUUUGACUAGAGGUCAAACCCUCAAGACAAUGGAGCGACGUCAGGAAAUCUAGUCUCAUCACAGUCAGUGACCACAUCGAAAGUGUUCGGAAGCUUGUUCACUGAAACUUCUGUGCAUCAUUCAUGAAUUUUAUUAUCCAUCGUAAAGUAGCAAAAGAUAUGAAAGUCACGAUAUUAAUAGUUAGGUUAUUCAAAGUUGAUGAUACUGAAUCUGGUAGAUGGGUUUGGGAUGCAGCAGAAGGGUAAAACGCAAGCGUUUACAUCCUAAAUGCUUCAUCGUCAUCAACUUAAUUAGGCUUCGUGCAAUAUAGACCACCUACCAGGAUUCUUCAACCACAUUUAUCCUGGACUUUCUGAUUGUUGUCAAAUGCUAUUCAUUCUUUUGGUAUCUACCCCUGACUCCCAUCGCAACGUGUUUUUUUGGUCUUCCUCUUUUCCUUUUAUCUUGAGGACUCCAAGUUAGGGUUUACUAUAUGAUAUAAUUUUUUGAUGGUUCGAUAGUUUCCUCAAUGUUUGUCCUGUCCACCUUCAUCGUCUUUCCUGAAAUUCCUCUUCAGUUACAUACUGGUUUGUUUUCUGCAAGUCGGUUGUUACUGAUGAUAUCUGGUCAAUGGAUAUGAGGCUAAGUAUCAAGUUCUCUACUUUUUUUCCUUUUCAGUCUAAACUCUUCUCAAGUGGAAUAAACUUAUUUUAACAGUUUUCUAUUCAACAAUGAACGUAAAUUAUUAAGUUUUAUAAUUGAACAUAUACAUGCUCACAUUAUACAUUCAUUCAGAUAUUUCAUCGGUUGUUUUGUUGUAUUCUAGAAAAUCAAUUCCAUUGUAAGUGGUUAACAUGUGAAUGUAUACAUUUAUUAUAUAUAAGAUCUUAAGUGUGUGUGUGUGUGUGUGUGUAUGAUUAUGUUUUAAACACUUAAUAUUGAAAAUGGAAAUCUGCAAUAUACAAAUUUAACCUUGUUUUUUAUGGAUUAUGAUCUGAUACAUUAAACUUGCAUUGCAUCAAUUCGACUUAUUCACUAACAUACUACUAUUUAAUAGAAAAUAUUAUUUUUUUGGAUCAUUUUUGGCCAACCACAUUAUAAUGCACAAUAUAUAUUUAUCUGAUAGAAGUACUUCUACAGAUUUUAAAAUUUUAGUUAUUAAAUAUAACCGCUAAAGUACUUUUAUUCUUUUGUAUAAGUUACACAUGCUUGAACUGAUUAAUAAUAAUCAGUGAAAUUUCUAAAAUCUCAACAAAACCCUUUCUGAUAAUAAUCAUCUGCUCACUAGUGACUGACUUCAAGAGAUACUCCUGGAGUUCUGGUGAGAAGCCGUUACCGGUGGAGUUCAACGAGGUCUGUUGUGAGAUAUCAACUCACUAAAGACAAUGGUGUACGGUGGCGCAACUUCAUGGAUUGGUUAAAGUUAGACAUUAACACCGUUGGAUGACAGCCGGCCCAGUGGUCUAGUUGGUUAAGCGCCUGACGCGAGACUGACAGGUCCUACGUUCGAAUAUCGCAUCCAACGGUAUUAAUUUCUAGCUUCAACUAAUCCACGAAAUUGAGCGACACAUCCACCAUCGUCAUCAGUGAGUUACUAUGUCACAACUUGAUGCGCGCUGCUGAGGAGUCACAUACUAGGACGAAACGGCCGUCCAGUGCUUCUAAGUUUUCCAUGGUGAUCUAGCUUCAAUUGACUCAUGAUUUCAAUCAGUGAAAUUUCCAAAAUCUCCACAAAACCCCUUCUGAUGAUUAAUAAUUAAAGGUUACUAAAUUGUAAUUUAUCAGUUGACACUUUUCAUGAGUAAAUGGAUCUGUUUGUUGUUGUUGUUUUUUUUACUUCAUACACUUGAUGUCACUGCUCACUGAGAAAUGUAACAAAAUAAUAAUAAUAAUGAUCAAAAAUUACUGAGUACACUUAGUCGUUAAUUUUAACGAGAGAUGGGAAGGCAACAUAAGUUGUGAUUUAUUUGUGUUUUAUACUAAAACAUUGUGGUAGCUUGAAGAUUAAAAAAGUAAUUGUUGUAACGUGUGUGACUGCAGGUUUUGAUAAGCAGCGUUUAUAUCGAUCGAUCGAUUACAGUGACACGGAAACGCGUACGGACGACCUAGUGCCCUGAUUGGCCCUGCUUCGCUGUCUGUCCCCGCCAGUUGAGUCAAGAAACACAAGUCACAGCCUCUGAGUUAUGAAUCAUUAUAUUUCAAACAUACUUUGUUUAUAUACCAAUCAAGCAUACCACAUCGUACCAUAAAAAUAGAAAACAACAUUUUGUACAAUAUUCAACAAGUGAACAAAUAUCGACCAAUAGGAAAUGUCCAUUUAAAGUCCAAGGACACCAUUGGACUUAACAUCAUAAUUAUUGGUCUAUUCCUCCGCAUCCACAACAGUAAUGAAACUCAUUUACCAGAUAGGUUAGCUUUGAUGUACAUUUUAAUUAUAAAGUCUAUUGAUAUUACCUAGUUAUUUAAAUGUGUUUAAAUGUAGAGCAAUGAUUAAAGGGAUCUAUUUCCUCUGAUAAUGUUGCUUAGUUUGAAUCUCUCUUUUCAUUUGCUUUGGUCUAGAAGAGAGCCAGGCACCAUCAUCAACCCUCAACCAAAAGAUGUGAUCUUAAGCUACUGACUUUACCCUGCGCCUGAUUUUAAUUAUGCUUUUUGUAUAUGUAUUUAUCAAAACAUGUUUUUAUACUUAAAUAUAUACAUAUUCUCAUAAACGUUAUUGUGUUUGUGCGUUGGUCUCAGAUGCUGAAAUUAGAUUGAUCAUAAGAUUUUAUUGUCAUUUUUUUAAUAGAAAAAUAAAGUGAUCAAUUCAAAGUUUGUUAUCCAUUCUGUCGGCAAAUACUUUUAGCUUGGUCAUAGAUAUAAAGUUAACCUAGUUUUGAUGUUCAGACUUAUGUAACAUGUCUCAACCAUAUAAGUUAUUAAAGAUUCAUAAUCUACUAAUAGUUUUGAUCAACAAUUAAAUCCUAUUUUAAACUUGCAUAUUCUUCAUUUAAUUCGUAGAUAAUUUUCAUCACAGAUUAACAUCAAUUUAGAUAUUAUUUCAGUCAAUAACAACGUAGAACUUCGUACGUACGUACAUCAGUUCGAGUUGCCAUAGUAUUUAGAACUAGGAAAUAUUUAACAACUAUUUCAUCAUAAUAUGGAACUCUUCAUUGAUUUUAUUCAUAAUAACUAAUUUUCUCAUAUAUUCUUGAAUGAUUUCUUAUUCUAUCUCAUUACUUACUUACUUACUUACGCCUGUUACUCCCCGUGAAGAAGUAUAGGCCACUCACCAGCAUUCUCCAUCCAACCCUGUCCUGGGCAAUCCUUUCCAGCUCCUUCCAGUUCCUAUUCAUCCUUUUCAUAUCUGCUUCUAUUUCUCGACGUAAUGUGUUCUUUGGCCUUCCUCUUUUCCGCUUUCCUUCAGGAUUCCAAGUUAGGGCUUGUAUCGUGAUGCAGUUUGAUGGUUUGCGUAAUAUAUGUCCUAUCCAUUUCCAUCGUCUUUUCCUAAUUUCUUUUUCAGCUGGAAGCUGAUUUGUUCUCUCCCACAGAAGGCUGUUGCUGACGGUAUCCGGCCAAUGGAUGUUGAGUAUCUUGCGAAGACAGCUAUUUAUAAAUACUUGUACCUUCUUGAUGGUGGUUGUUGUGGUUCUCCAAGUUUCAGCUCCAUACAGUAGAUUUGCCUUGACUUUGGUAUUGAAGAUUCUCACUUUGAUAAUAAUAAUAAUUCUAUCUCAUAGUUUUAUCAAUAAGAUUUUGGUUAGAAAAAUGUCACUUUAAAACUACUUUUAUAAUGUUUUCUAAAUUAAUUAAUGCUAGUUUGCUUCAAACAGUGUUUUAUUCAAUUCAUCUGAGCUAUUUACUUACAUCUGACAUGAUGUUAUGUAAUGGGUCACCUGUUUGCCUUGGUUCAUAUCUUUUCAAACAAAAUUACUUUUUCCUUUCAAUCAAUAAUCAUGAAUAUCUAUCUCUGUAAAACAACAACUAUAGAAACAGUAAUGAGAAAGCUGAUUUUUAAUUGACAAAAGAUAAUAUGUACUAUUUCACUUAUUUAAUAUUGUAUUUUCUGUUAAAUGUUUUUUACAUCACAUACAAAACACUAUUAAUUUUGUUCUAAUUAUUUACUUCUUUUUUUCUUAAAUUGAACAUAAAAAAGGGAUUACAUUUAUGGGAUUUAGAAGCUUGUGCUAUUCUACAACGAUUUGUUGGACAUAAACAAGAUACUUUUCGUUUGUAUUCUACAUUUGGUGGAGCUAAUGAAGAUUUUGUAGCUACAGGAAGUGAAAGUAAGUUGUGGUUUGUUUUUUCGUUGUUGAAUACAAUCUUACGGGAAAUUUUUUUUGCGUUUCUAAAUAGAUGAUGGUUUUUGCCAACUUAUGUUUUUAUUUAUUUAUUUUAACACAUAGAUAUUGGUACAAGGAGGCACCAAAUACAUAUGCGCCACACAAAUCUCAUUCGAUAUGUUUGAGGGCUGUGAUACUGACCGGGUGUCCAAACCGAAACAGGUGGUUUUCUUAGAGGAGCCACACCCGGAGCCUUCGACCUGAAGGUCUGAUCCACAAGGCAGUGGAGCAACGUAAGGAGAUGCAAUCCCAUGGUAACCGGUGACCAACGAUUGGUUCAUACUCCAUUUGUUCCCGCAGGAUACUGGAGCCCGUGUGCACCAAUAGUUUGGAAUGAGGGUUUUUCAACUCCCCUAGGUGAAUUCUCCAUGUCUGCCAACCCGGUUAGAGCGCCGGACGUUCGCUUAUAGCGCAGGCGAGAUAUCCAUAUACCAACCAAAAGAUGAGUUUACUGUGCAGCAAUCCGCUCCGCUCUACUUUAUAGGUGAGAGACAUGGCCAUUAAGAAGAGAGGAUAUUCAUGGGCACUAGGAGUCGAUCAUAGGUGUUUUCGAAGCAUUGCUCGUGUAUUUUUUGGAUCACGGAGUUAAGCCAUGCCUGGGUUAGCAAUAAGGUAGUAGGAUGGUAAGUCGGUUGAUGAUGUAGUAAGUCUUCAUCAACUAAGUGAUCAGUCUUGCAAAUUGAACGCUAUAUUCGUUUCCUUAGCUAUUCUGUAACCCCCAAGCUAGAACUAUACAGCGACCUGAACACGAGAGAGAAGGCGCAAAGUAUGCGAGAAAUACUUUACUCCAAUGGUUCAUUUUAGCACAGAAAAUAUAGGGUUUUUAUAGUAUUUUUAUAUGUCCUUGGGUUUCUCGAAGAUUCUGGAAUGCUACUAAACCUAGUAGAAGUAUAGCAAUCAGCCAAUCAGGACCUCUACAUGUGACGUUUCACUUCCUUGAUGUUUCUGGCUAAAACUUCAAUUGAACGCUGAUUGGAUGAAAUGCUUUUUAAUGUUUCCAGAUCCUUGCUUGUCUUUUGCAAGAAAUUUUCUGGAUCACCCCAACACUGAGGUGUUUGGGACAUAUGUUACAUAUGCCCACCUACCUCGAAGGAUGAUCUUCGGUGUAGAAGUAGGUUAAAAGAAAGCUAUGGGCGAGCAAACCAAAACAUGUUAUCAGUCCAUAAAGUUAUUGGAAAGUGUACUGAACCACGUUAAUAGGUCUUGACUACCUGGUCGGGGUCUACGUAAUUAUCUUAAUCAAUGGUUAGAGACUCUGAUUGACAUGGCUCAGAAUCAUUUGCAAUGGUUCAGGUACAUCUGUUCUUUUUCUUCACCCACAUUCUUAGCUCUUUAAUUCCUCAUAACUUUUGUUUUCGCUUCACUAAGAUAUAUUUUCUUGAAUCGUAUGUUUUCAGUCACCACUAAUACUGUUACUACUUCUACUAUUCUGGGAUUCAGUCUGACAAUUUCAUCUCUCUGUACUAAUAGGGUAUGACAACUCGGAUCAAUGUACAUACGUACCAGGUUCUACGUUGUGACUGGCUUGCUGACUAGAUAUGAAUUCAAUGAUCCAACUUUCGCGUAAAUUUCAUAUCUUAGCGACUGAAUAAUUGAGCUUAUUCGAUUUGACUUAUUCUUGAGUAACUAUACCUUGAUAUAUCAAUGGUUACAUCAAAUAAAUCACCUAUUGUACAAAAGAAAAAUGAAUUGUAUUUUGAUGUUACAACUCAGUAGGUUGGAUGUAAGUAUAUUGAACAGAAAAAUAUUUUGGAAUUCAAUUGUUCAUAUUCCCGAAUUCGCUUAAUUUGCAAUGAUCAUGCGGUUUUAUGAAUGAUACCUGUUCCAUUCCCUAUGUGUUUUGACUGCACGAGUUCUGGUAUACUUUAAUGUAUGAAAUUAUAAUCAUCAAUUCACAUGCCAAGAUUGUUAUUUCUUAGCUGUUAAAUAAGAUAAAUUACUUAGAAAAAUCAUUUCUAGUAACACUUUUUAAUCAUUACCUUUUUUCGCAGAGUUUAUCACCCUUAUUUAUUUAAAAUCUGAUCACCUAGGACACAAUGAAGAUACUGAAUUUUCGUGAAUGUAUUUAUUUGUAAGCUACUGGACAUUAUGGCUUAUUUUGAAGUCACAGAAAUCAUGAUUUAAUCAGUUGCAAAUGUUGUUUAUUCCAUAACCAACGCGUCUAAUUAUCUGUCAAUAAUAAAUGCUGAUAAAAUACUAUGGUUCUACUCUACUUUUUGAAAUGAGCUAUGUUGUUAAGUUUGUUUUACCUGACUGGAGUUUGUGCGAUUGUCGUAACAAAUGGCUGGAGACGUUAGAUAAUAUCACUCAGAAUUGGUUACAUUAGCGCAGAUGAAUUUACUCUUUGUCAUUCUUUGGGUUUUAAGAGGAUUCAUUUUUUCUUCUCGAAUCAUAUGAUAACAAUAAUAUAUUCUGAAAAUAAUAACUACAGAAUUCAUCCCAGUUUACAGGCAUCGUCUAUACCGAAUAUCUUCUAUUACUCUGAUACUUGUUUUGGUAUUUUCAUCUCAAUAUUCUAAAGUGAUAUGGUAACUUAAACCGAUAUACAUUAGUGUCAGGUUCUAUGUUGCAUAUUACUGACUGAUUUUAUUGUUUAAUAUCAUUUGACUUUAAUUAAUAUUGAUAACGUAAAUGCAACAGUGAUGAUCAUUUCAGCUAGUCAAUCAGCUACAACAUAGGACCAGGCACAUAUAUGCAUCGGUCCAAGUUGCCACACCUUAUUAGCACCGAAUUAUUAACACCAAAUUCAUAGAAGUAGUUACUACAAUGGUAGUAAUAUAUAAAAGAAAGAUUGUGUAUAAGGAUAUAGUACAGAAAGAAAAAAUCACUUGGUAGAAAGAAAGAAUGAUGACCAUUUAUGUAUUCUGAUCAAUAUAAGAACUUAAAAUUAUUCGAUCAACACGACCCUCAACUGUAGAAUUUCACAUUUUCAAAGUGAAUUUGGAAAGACUGUUUUGUAAAUUAUGUGUAACAAUCUAAUUUCAUUGAAUUCAGUUUUUCCUUAUGGUCGAGUAAAAUGAAUCAUUCGUUUGUACUAUUCAUAAACUACAAAAUAGGUGUUGUUUUCGCUUACACAGAUAUUGAUCUUCGUUCAGGGUCAUCCAAUACAUGAAGUAUUUCCUUUCUGUUUUUAUGUUUGUCCACUCUUCCCUCCCUUAUUAUGAAACAUGUACAUUACAUUAUGUUAUUACUACUACUACUAGUACUUAACAUUUUUCUGUUUCAUACUGUAUUCACAUGACUAUGAUUUGUCAACUGACACUAUAUGCUUACUGCAAAAUUAAUACAUACGUGCACAUACAGUUAGUAUUAUCUUUAAUUUAUAUGACCUUAUAAAUAUACAGAUAUAUACAUGUUUAACCCACAUGAAAUCCAUUAUUUUCUGUUUCAUGUUCUACGUAACUUUUUAUCAUUUAGCAUUUGCUGACUCAACUAGAUUAUGUCAUUAAGAUCACAAACCAACCUAAGUUAGAUAAGCAUUAAGAACCCGGAUGCAUUGAGCAUCUGUUCAAUUCUAUUAUGUGGCUCCUCAAGCAGUGUGUGUUUACAACCCCACCGAAGAUCGAACCCAAAACCUUCAGGUCUUGCGGCGAGAGCAUAGGCUUUAAACCAAUUAUCUAGGGUUUACACGUCUAACUUCAGUUAAUUCUGGCAUUGCAUGAUCAUCAGUAGGUACCUGCCGCAUUUUCCAUACGCUGAUCACAGCUUCUGACUAAAACUCCCGAAAUUUUUAUCUUGAAGGUAGUCAUUAGUGAGCGCGCAAUAUCGGGGAUCGAUUAAAGUUAGACAUCAAUGCCAUCAGAUACCAGGUCAGUAGUCUAAUAGUUAGGCUCUCCCCAUGAGGCCUAAUGGUUCUGUGUUCGUUCCUCGGUAGGGUUGUGGAUGCUCAUACUAAACAGCUGUCCAUUGCUCCUGGGUUUUUGGUUCGUAAUUUCAAUAGUAUUCCGUAAAUCCCCCUACUGAUAACUUAUAUAUAUUCUUUGCUAAAACUACAUAUUUUUCACAGGGGGAGUCUCCUAGUUGAAUCGAACGUUUAAUGAUGAAAUUAAGUUUAGAUCCUGGUUCAAGUAUUGUUGGGUAGCAUGAAACUCUAACUUUUGUAAACUCACAUAUGGUGUAUAUGAGAGAAGUUUAAAAUAUUUUUACGACUAUACUAUGAAAUAAGUGGGUUGUUUUUUCUGUCGAAGAAAAGACCACAUAAAGUACAUAAGUCACGUUUUGAAAAAAAAGGAACACUUGAAAAUAUUAUGCACUAACUAAACGUUAAAUGUUCGAUUUUUGUGUGGAUAUCCCUCAAAAUUAAAACUUUUCGAUAUCCUUCUUAUGUGAAGUUCAUUUAUUGAAAUGAAUUAAACCAACUACAUUCACUGUUUAUCAUAUUCAUCAUAAAUCCGACGUAAAAAAAAAUUGUAUAUAUCCAUAUCAAUGUUGAUCUGAAUUAAUUGAAUUUUGAACAAGAUAGAAAGCCUGUUAUCUUCAAAUAAAAUAAAUGCUGAACAGCCAAUCUGUACUUAAUAUAUGCAUCGCUACAAUGUGAUUUUGUUACCUGAACGCUUGUUGACUGUUCAGUUGCGAUGGUAUAGCUCACUACUUUCAACCACUAAUUUCUAAUUUGAUCACCAGAACCCCCUAAUUCAAGCAGUUGUUCUACCUUCGUUAAAUUAGUUGCAUACCUCAUCAUUUAGUACACUCUACGUGACUACCGCGUAGUUACAUUACCAAAUGUCUAUCUUAUGUGUAAUCCGAACUUACUCGGAAGUUUGUGCAUAACAUAUAAUUUGGGAAGUUAUUAAACUUUGGUCAAUAAUAAUGAACAUCAUAUUUGGUAAGUUUCUGAACUGUGUAUUACAUGUCCUAUUGUUAUUAAUAUUGCAAAUUACUUCUAUUUAUUUGAUCCCUUUAUCUCUUUGAACAUGUGCUUGCCUGUAUUAUUGCGUCUAAAUAAUUAUUUUUCUUAAAGAUGGUCGAAUACACAUUUGGCAUGUCGGUAGUGGUAGUCAUCCUAUACAUUCAUCGCCUGGUACAGGAAACAGAGAUCCAAUCACAUGUGUUCAUUGGAAUCCUGUAUUGCCUACAAUGAUCGCUUCAGUAAAUGAUGCUGGUGAACUAUGUAUUUGGGGACCACAACGUUAUGCAUUAGGUAACGGGCAACCGAUGGAUUCGUCAACUUAAGUCUUCCACAUUUACAUACCUAUCAAACACAAAUCCAUACUUGAUUUUUUGGUCUUUUAACAUUUACUCUUCCCCUUUUUCAGUUAAUAUUUACCGUCCACGACUGUUUUGUUAUUGGAAAACAAGCUCCUCUGGAAUCAAGCGUCACUCAAUUAUUAUUCCUCCACAUAAGUAAACAGCUCCCAUAAUCUUUUGUUUUACAUAUAUCACUACUAUUAUUAGCAGUAUCACUAAUAAUAAUAAUAAUGUUUACAUUGCCUAUUUUGAACUGUUUGUGGAAACUCUACGGAUGUGUGUGUUGUAAUAGCCAAACGUCAAUAUUCUACAUGAACUUAAAAACUGGAUGGUAUUCUGAAACGACCAAUUUUUCCUACUAUAAUAAUAUCUCAAACUUUGUGUCCGUGUUUAUCUGAUUGAAUUCCACUGUACAAGUGUGCUCAAACCCAGUUUUCUAGACGUAGUAAUUUCGGCUGUUUUAUUUAUUUUGUUGUUGUUGUCGAUUAUUACUAAUUUGUACUUUUUUUUAGAGUUAAAGCACUAAUUUGUUUCCUUUGGCGACACUUUCUCACUAUUCACCCUCUUCUCAAUAUAUGUACCUAUAUUUUUUUGUUCUACUUCUUAAUAAGCAAAGUUUUGUUGAAACAGAAAAAAGUUAAAAUUGCACUAGAUUUCUCUAAAACUUUAAUGUACACGAUGUUAUCUUGUUUGCAUGGAUCAGAAAGACAUGUUUUCACUAGUUCUAUAGUUUCAUUAUUUUCCCUUGUAAUACUCUACUUGUUCAGUAUUUAAGCCAAUUCCUUCUUUGAAUUAGACACAGAUAUUUUUCCAUAGGUAAGAAAUUUUUCUUUUAGGUUUGUUCUUAAUAUGUAAUUUCAGCGUAUUGGUGUUUAGGAUUGCAGGUGUAGUGAAACACUUGGAUUCUUUGUUAGUGCUACAAUGAAUUAAACAAUUCUUUUUCUGUUAGUAUGUGUUGUUCAUUUUUAUUCAAUCUCUUAACGGACACUAUAUCCUCCUUUCUUUAAGCUAAAAUUAUAACUUCUUUUUAGAAAAAAAAUAUAUGAGAAAAAGUCAUUAGAAAUAGGUUAAAAGUCAUGCUUCAGUAAACUUUGUUAACUGAUAGGAGGACUUAUAUUUCAAAAGAGGAAAAGUUGUGGUACACACAUAAACAAUUAUUAUACCAUCCGAAUAUAUGACUGUAUUCGAUAAGAUGAUAACUUUUUUGUAUUCUUCUUUUCUUGAGGAAAUAUUUGAUGUGAUUAUUUUGCCAAUAUAAUAUAUUCUAUAGUGAAUCAAUUAUUUAUUAGUAUCACUAAAACUAUUAUUAUCAUUCUAACUUUUAUUUAUAUCACACUAGUUUAUAUAAGGUGCAUAUUUUUUCCGUCUUGUGCAUUAAAAUAUAUAUAUACAUAUAACUAUCAGUUUCAUUUGUUUGUUCUUUUUCGUGGUUCCAAAUACUUUGUUUUCCGUAUUCUUUUAUUCCAAAUAACUUGGAUUAUACUAUAAUCACUACUGUUUUUUUUAAUAUUCUAUAUAUAAAUAUAUGCAAAUACAAAA